CCUGCGAAAGCAUGGGAGAAGGGAGCAACCUACCACCUGGUUUCCAGUUCUUCCCCUCCGACGAAGAGCUGGUCGUCCAUUUCCUCCGUCCCAAGGCCGCGCACCUUCCUUGCUAUCCCGACAUCAUCCCCACGAUCGAUCUCCACCACUGCGACCCGUGGGACCUCGAUGGUAAAGCUCUUCAAGGAGGAAACCGCCAUUGGUACUUCUUCACCCGCAGAAGCCAGAACAGGGCAACAGCUAACGGAUACUGGCAUGCUGUCAGCACCGACGAGACCGUGACUAGCAAUCACACGCCUGUUGGUAUAAAGAAGACUCUCAGGUACUAUCUUGGCGAAGCACCUGAGGGCAUCAAGACCAAUUGGUUGAUGCACGAGUACCAUCUACCCGACGCUGGUCUUGGUAGUAGCAGCAGCAGCAAUGGUGGCAGCACCAGCAGCAGCAACAGUAGCAGAAGGAAGAGAGGAGGUCAACCGACAAGAACAGAAUCGAACAAAUGGGUCGUUUGCCGAGUUCAUGAGUCGGCCGGGGGUUCACAGUCGAGCUUCCACGACGACGGGUCAGAGCUUUCCUGCCUGGAUGAGGUGUUCUUGUCCUUGGAUGAUCUUGAUGACAUAAGCUUGCCAAACUGAGGCCUCAUCUGCAGGUCCAGUCGAAGAGUAAUUCUCUAACAGUGUAAUUAAGAUCCCUCGGUGCUCUUCUCAUGUUCAUCCUCAAUAAGUAAACUAGGCUAAGUCAAGCGAGCUGUAUGCUGUCCUUAUUGCAAUAUACUUAGG